AUGCGCGCAGGGUUGGGGGCGGGGCCGGAAGUCGCGGGCCGCUUCCUGCGCCUGGAGGGCGGCGCUUGGUGUUGGGCCAUGGCACGUCUGGGGCUUUUCUCCGUGAGAUCUCAGACCAUGUUGGACAGCCUGGGGUGCUGGGCUGCGUCCCAGCGACUCUCUCGACAGCCCAAGCCUGCCAGGCCGUUCUCCCUCGGCUGCGUGGACCAGACCCGGCACCAGGAGCCCCCCAGGAAGAAGCUGCUCUCUGAGAAAAAGCUGAAAAGACACACUGUGGACCAUCGGAGAGUGCUUGUCCGAGGAGGAAGUGGAGGUGCUGGUGCGAGCUGUUUCCACAGCGAGCCCCGCAAGGAGUUUGGAGGCCCUGACGGUGGAGAUGGGGGCCACGGCGGCCAUGUCAUCCUGAAAGUCGACCAGCAGGUCACGUCCCUGUCGUCGGUGCUGUCACGGUACCAGGGCUCCAGUGGACAAGAUGGCGGCCGCAAGAACUGCUGUGGGCGAGGGGGCGCCGCCCUGUAUGUCCGGGUCCCUGUGGGCACACUGGUGAAGGAAGGAGGUAAAGUUGUGGCCGACCUGUGUCGCCCUGGUGAGGAGUACAUUGCCGCCCGGGGGGGCGCCGGAGGCAAAGGCAACCGCUUCUUCCUGGCCAACAACAACCGCGCGCCUGUGACCUGCAUGCCCGGCCAGCCCGGCCAGGAACGGGUUCUCCACCUGGAGCUCAAGACCAUGGCCCACGCUGGGCUGGUUGGGUUCCCCAAUGCCGGAAAGUCCUCGCUCCUCCGAGCCAUUUCAAAUGCGAGACCCGCUGUGGCCGCCUACCCGUUCACCACCUUAAGUCCCCACAUCGGGAUUGUCCACUACGAAGGCCACCAACAAAUAGCAGUGGCCGACAUCCCUGGCAUCGUGCGUGGUGCCCACCAGAACCGUGGCCUGGGGCUCGCCUUCCUUCGGCACAUCGAGCGCUGCCGCUUCCUGCUCUUCGUGGUGGACCUCUCCCUGCCGGAGCCAUGGACUCAGGUUGGGCAUUUGAAGCACGAAUUGGAGAUGUACCAGCAGGGCCUGUCCCAGCGGCCCCACGCUGUUGUUGCCAACAAGCUCGAUCUCCCGGAGGCCAGAGCCAGCCUGCCCCAGCUGCGGGCCCGCCUGGGCCAGGGGGUCAUUGUCCUCUCGGCAGUCACCGGAGAGAACCUGGAGGAGCUGCUGCUGCGGCUAAAGGGACUGCACGAGGCCUGCGGGGAGGCUGAGCGGGGGCAGGGCCGCCUGCCACUCGGCUGGUAGCGGGGCAGGGCCGGGGGAUCCCCAGGCGGGAGCUGUGAGCCGCAGGUCGCUGCCUGAUCUGUAAGAACGCACUUAGAGCUGUGUGA